AUGGGGAGAACGAAGACGGAGAUGUUGAUGACCACGGUUGCGCUGCUGAUACACAUAGAAGCGUCAGUGGUGGAGGCGCUGCGAAUCGACGUGAAAUCCGGAUCAACCAAGUGCAUCAAGGAGGAGAUGCAACUCAACACCAUGACCAUCGGCAAGUACGCCGUCGUCAACCCUUUUAUGGACCACGACGUGCCCGACACCCACAAAAUCACCGUCCGGGUGACGUCUCCAUUUGGGCAGUACUAUCACUAUUCGGUUGAUACAGAUCACGGCAAUUUCGCAUUUACAGCGUCGGAAGAAGGCGACCACACGAUUUGUUUCCGAGCAGCUGAUCACACCCCUCCUUACACUGUUUCCGUUGAGUUUGAAUGGAAGUCUGGCUAUGCCACGAUUGAUUGGUCAAAAAUCGCCAAGAGACGCCAGAUACAAGUAGUGGAAUUCGAGCUCAGGAAAAUGUUCGACACUGUGCUAAAUAUCCACGAUGAGAUGUUCUACCUCCGCGAACGGGGGGAAGAAAUGCAGAAACUGAACAGAGCAACUAACACAAAGAUGGCAACCUUCAGCUUUCUGUCUCUCCUAGUUUGCUUGUCCGUGGCCGCUCUGCAAAUAUGGCAUCUCAAGAAAUUCUUCGAGCGAAAGAAGCUCGUCUGA